AUGGAUUAAGAAUAAGAGAUAAAAAGAAAAAUAAGAUCGCUUUCUGUUGAAAGAGGUAUAAAAUUAAUAAUAACUCUAGAGAAAACAGAGAGCCAAUCUUAAUUCACAGAUGAAAUAGAGGAUGAUAAAAUAGUUACAAUAGGAGUUUGUUGUAUGGCUAAGAAGUCUUAAUCUAAGGAAAUGCAAGAAAUUUUGAAUCGUAUAAAUCCAGAGUUUUUUAAAAUUGAGAUAUUCCCAGAAUAAAUGAUACUUGAAGACCCAAUUGAAUCAUGGCCUAUAGUGGAAACUUUAAUAAGUUUUUAUUCAGAUGGAUUUCCUUUGAAUAAAGCCAUUGCUUAUGCUGAUUUUAGAAAGCCAUUUAUUAUAAAUGAUCUUAAGAAACAGCAACUAUUAUGGGAUAGGGAGAGAGUAUAUACAUUAUUAAAGAAAAAUAAAGUUUCAGUUCCUAAACAUUAUUUUGUGUUUAAAAAUCCUAACAAAUAUAUUAUAGAUGAUUAUAAUAGAAAAGAAAUUGAGAAAAAGUUUAAGCCAAGUAAGACUCAAUAAGAAAUAAUUGAGGAGGAAGACAAUGUGGAUAGUGUUAUAAGUUUUUUAUAAAAUGAAGACUCUUCUUAACAUAUAAAAUCUGUUUAGACAGCAAAAUAAUUAUAGGAAUUAUUAUUACCUUCAAGAUAGGAUGCAAUAGAAGAUAAGGAUAAAAAUAAAAAUAAAAUGAAAUAAGGAAUGAGAUCUUAUGAUGCUAGAUCUUUAUAAGCAGUCAUUGAUAUAAAAAAGGAUAAUAAAGAUCCUUAAAUUACAAAGAUUGAGGAAUGUGAUGAUUAUUUAUUAAUUAAUGGAUAGAAAUUAGUUAAACCAUUUGUAGAAAAGCCUUUUGAUGCUGAAGACCACAACAUUUACAUUUAUUAUAAUUCCAGAGAUGGAGGUGGAUGUAAAAAGUUGUUUAGAAAGGUUGGAAAUUAAAGUAGUAUAUUUGAUCCAACAUAGAAUAGCAUUAGGAAUGAUAAUGAAAACUAUAUUUAUGAGGUAUUUCUACCAACAAAUGGAUUUGACAUAAAAGUUUAUACAGUAGGUGAAUUUUAUGCACAUGCAGAAGCAAGAAAAAGUCCAGUAUUGGAUGGAAAAGUUGUUAGAUCUUAAAAUGGUAAGGAAAUGAGAUAUCCAGUUUGUUUAACAAUGGAAGAAAAAAUGAUGGCUAUUAAGAUUGUGAAUAUAUUUGGAUAAAAUAUUUGUGGAUUCGAUUUAUUAAGAAGUAAUAAUAAAUCAUAUGUUUGUGAUGUAAAUGGAUGGUCAUUUGUUAAGGGAAAUGCUAAAUAUUAUUCAGAUUGUGCAACCAUUUUAUAGAAUAUGAUAUUAGCUAAAUUAAGACCAACUUUACUAUAGAAAUAAAUUUAUGAUAUCAAUUUAGUUAAAGGAUUCUAUAAAAACUCAUUUAGACCUAGUUCAAAAGAUUUAGAUGGAAAAGAAUAGAAUUCAGAAUUAAGAUCAGUUGUUGCAGUAUUUAGACAUGGUGAUCGAACACCUAAAUAAAAAAUGAAAAUGAGAUCUACAAAUUAAUUGUUUCUUUCAUUUUUUGAUGAAGUGCCUGAUCCGUCUAAAGAAAUUAAAUUAAAGCAUCCAAAAUAAUUAUUAAAAUUACUUAAUUUAACAAGAGAAUAUAUAGGUAAGACUAAUUGUAGGGAUGAUAAUAUAAUUAAACUUCUUUAAAUGAAAUCAGUUUUAGAAUUAGGAGGACAUUUUGAAGGCAUAAAUAGAAAAGUGUAAAUAAAACCAUUAAAAAUGUAAAAAAUGGAUAAAAAUGGUUCGGUGCUUGAUUUUCCAGUUGAAGUAUUAUUAAUUUUAAAAUGGGGAGGAGAAUUAACAUCAUUAGGAGAAGAACAUGCUGUUAGUUUAGGUAAAGUUUUUAGACAUGAUAUGUAUCCUACUGAAAAAGAUGGAUUACUUAGAUUACAUUCCACUUAUAGACAUGAUUUAAAAACAUUCUCUUCAGAUGAGGGUAGAUGUUAGUAUACAGCUGCAGCUUUCCUUAAAGGAUUACUUGGAUAUGAAGGAGAAGUAACUCCUAUAUUAGCAACUAUGGUUUAAAAAAAUGAAGUUGCAUAAGAAUUAUUAGAUUGCAAUAAUUUAGAAAUUGAAGAAGAAGUUGAAAUCAAAAAUAUCCUAUAAAAAAUGUUAACUAGUGACGAAGAUAUGCUUAUUUAGAUUUAUAAAUAUUUUCCUGAUUUUAAUAUGACUUAAACUUAACAUGAUUUAAUUAGCAAGUUUAAGUGUCCCAAAUAGAUGCUUAUUUAAUUACAUACUUUCAUCAAUUAAUUAACCAAAAAUAUAAGGUAAUUUUAGAAUAAACUAAUUAGACAUCACAUCCAUUUGGAUAAAAACUAUUAUAUUGCUCCAAGUGAUAUGGAACAAGGAGCUUAAUCCAUGUUUGAAUCUGAAAAUCUUACUUUAUUCUUUAAAAGAUGGUAUAAAUUAGAAUAUGAUUUUUUAUAAAAAGACACAUUCAAUAUUUCUAAAAUUCCAGAUAUUUAUGAUAGUGUUAAAUACGAUAUGCUUCAUAACUAGGAUAAAUUAUAAUUUUAUGAAAAUUCUAAAGAGUUUUAUUGUUUGGCUGAAUUACUCAGUCAAUUUAUGGUACCAUUUGAAUAUGGAAUUACCACUAAAUAAAAAUUAUCUAUUGCUAAACGUGUUGUAGGUCCUUUAUGUAAUAAAAUUAAAUAAGAUCUUUUAUGGUGGAACAAACCAGAAUCAAAAAAUUAACAAUAAGAAGAAGAUUAUUGGAAGUUUAGAUAAACUGAUGAUAGCGAUUUAAAUAGUCCAUGGAGACAUGUUAGAACUCGAUUAUAUUUUACAUCUGCUUCUCACUUAUACUCUUUAUUUAAUAUUCUAUACUAUGGUUUAGGACAUUACUUAAUAGAAGAUGAAUUCAAAUAAAAAUAAUUGUAAAAAAUAUUGAUGCUUUAAUAUCUAUCAAAUAUAGUGAUAAAGCUUUACGAAGAUUUAUCUUCUGAAAAAGAAGAUCCUAAUAGAUUUAGAAUUGAAUUAAGUGUUUCUGAUGGAAUUCAAAUGUAAUUUCCAAUAGAUAAAAAUAUGCUACCCAAAAGUGAAAAUAUUCACAUUAAUUAAUCAUUAAGAUUGGAUUAACUAGAAGAGUUCUUAAAUCAAAUAAUUGACUGUGCUUUUGGAGAAGAUGUUCAAUCUUUAUGA